CAGUUUUCCACGAUGUGAGUGGAUCUAGAGGUGGCCAUCUCAUCUACCAUGAUGGAAUCUGGUCUGUCACCUUCCACAGACCUACACCUCAACACCAGCAGCUAUGUCAAUAACAGCAACACCAGCUGGAGUGGGCUCCUUGAUGGUGACUCACCAAGGAGCAAUCACACCGUCACCCUACAUGACCGCUUCCACAACGCUCUGCUGGGAGUCUUUCUGGGACUCCUUUCUCUCCUCACCAUUAUCAUGAACCUGCUCGUUCUCUACGCCGUGAAGAGAGAGAAGAGCCUGCACACCGUUGGGAACCUCUACAUUGUCAGUCUGUCGGUGGCAGAUCUGAUUGUAGGCACCACAGUUAUGCCCCUGAACUUGGUGUAUUUAUUGGAGGAUGAAUGGAAGCUAGGUCGUGCUGUCUGUCAGUUUUGGCUUAUUAUGGACUACGUGGCAAGCACAGCCUCAAUUUUCAGCUUGUUUAUCCUGUGUUUGGACCGGUACCGCUCCGUCAGACAACCGCUAAAGUACCUAAAGUAUAGAACACGGGGAAAAGCCAGUGUGAUGAUUUCUGGAGCCUGGCUGCUGUCGAUGAUGUGGAUUAUUCCGAUUUUAGGAUGGAGGUCUUUCACACAUGUCGACCUUAAACCUGAGGAGGAGAACAAGUGUGACACAGAUUUCCGCUUUGUCACGUGGUUUAAGGUCAUUACUGCCGUCUUCAACUUCUAUGUACCCUCAGUUUUGAUGCUGUGGUUUUACACACACAUCUACUUGGCUGUGAGACAACAUCUGAGAGACAGAGAGAGAAUCAUCCAUCCAACCGAUUCCUUUGGGGAAAAUGAGAACGGACGAAAUGUUAAAACUCUCGAGAAAAAUGACUCCAAAUCACCCAAGAGGGAGUGUGAGGUUCUAAUCAAACUCUCUAAAAAACAACGCUUGCUGGACCAGAACACUUUAGAUCAGAUAUAUUCCUUAGAAGAUACUAAUAAAACCAAAGCUGCUCCUUCUAGCUCUCACAGAAAAAUUGGUGUAAAAGGCCAGCAGGCGUCAUUGCUUGCCAUGACAACAAAACGAUUCAGAAUGGCACGAAAGGCCAAUAGGUGCUCCCUGUCCGCUGAGGAGAAGCAGUCAGACGCUGAAAUUCCCCUGAGUCGACCCUCAGUUCCACAGGACGUACUUUGCUCAGAGGGGAGUAAUGAGAACAAACUUCCAGCAUCUUUAAAUGAAUGUCACGUCACAGUACCAAACACAGUCAGCGGUGUCUGUGAUAUCAGUCAGGUUUCAGCCGUCCAGAGGUACACAUCUGCGCUCCUUAACAACUACGACCCCAGUUGCGCUCCACCCUGGGCUGACGAAGGGGUUGAAGAUGCCAAAUUGGACCCACUCACUCUGAGACAGACGUGGCAAAAGUUUAUUGACCAAUCACGUCAGCGUAUCCAAAGUCUGAGGAUCCACAAAGAGCACAAAGCAGCCAAGCAGUUGGGCUUUAUAAUCGCUGCUUUCUUGUUGUGUUGGAUACCGUACUUCAUAGCUUUCAUGGUCAUGGCAUUCUGCAGAGAGUGUGUGCACCAUGACCUUCACAUGUUCACCAUAUGGCUAGGUUACAUCAACUCCACUCUCAACCCUUUCAUAUACCCGCUCUGCAAUGGGAACUUUAAACGGGUCUUCAAAAACAUUCUGAACAUUCGUUUGUGACAGAUUGUGAUG